AAAAAAUCCAAGAUGGUGUAGCAGUGCAGAUGUUGUUUGUUGUUCUCCCAUGUAUAUUUGGUCUUGUCUUUUUUUGUAUACAUUUCAAUUUAUUUUCAAUCUCUUUUUCCAUUUUUAAAUUAAAUAUAUCUUCCGGCAACCCGCCUCACCCAAUGUGAUACUGAUCUGCUAUAUUUAGACCUUAUUGCCAGAACCUGCAUCAUGAGCUAACCAGCUAAUUAGCUACUAGCAUUUUAGUCAUUGUUAGCCACUGCUAGCGGUCUUUACCUUUUACACAGAAACCAGCUGCUUUUAGCCUGCCAGUAUCUGACUGUUUUCUCCACUAUAACACCGGAUUCCUGCCAAAAGCCCUGGACCAUUACUCCUGAUUAUCACAGCUAGCUAGCUGCCACCGAGUGGCCCAGCCCCGAAGCUAGCUUUGAGCCAGGGCCAACUCCCGGCCUGCUCAGUGAUCACUCGGCUACACAGCUGAUGCCUCCCGGACUCUUCACUCUUCACUAACACGAUUAGCAUCCACUACUCCACCGGAUUCUUGCCGUAAGCUCUGGACCUUUAAAUCGUAUCAUCGCUGCUAGCUAGCUGCUACCAAGUGGCUAUAGUGGCUAACGCCCUUGUCCUGAAGCUAGCACCAGUUAGCCGCGAGCCAGGCGCAUCUCGCGGCUAGCAAACAAAAUUACUCCAGCUACAAUACCACUUUUGCCAACUGGCCUGGACCCUUUGACACGGAGCCCCGCCGUUCCAUCGUGACUAGUCUGCUGAUGUAAUUCCAUCCGUUGUGCACUCAACCGGCCUUUGCCAGACGUCGGAGCAGACGCUUCUACUAGCCCCAGCCUGCUAACUUUUUUGAACGCCGUGUCUCCCGCUUGCUAGCGUAGUAACUACUACCCAGCGGCUUCCCUGUUUCAUCUAUUGCUGUUCACUGGACCCUAUGAUCACUUGGCUACAUAGCUGAUGCCUGCUGGACUGUUCAUUAAUCAUGGAGGUGCAUUCUUGCGACGCUUCGCUCGCAUUCCCAGUAGUGGCAGCCCAUGGAAGUGUGCCUUUUGUUUGACCAGGGACGGUAAAGCCCUGAAAGUGCAGAGGACCAUCUUCAGCGAGUGUUUCUAUGUCAUGGCCAUGGAUGAGCUGGCUAGGGUCACAGGAGACAAAGACAUGCAGGCGGAAGCAGCACAAAUGAUGGACCAGCUGGUCCACUGGGUCAGGGUGGACCCAUCGGGCCUGGGCAAGCCCCAGCUUUCUGGAGACACCCCGGUCUGCAGCAUGGCUGUCCCCAUGAUGCUGCUGUGUCUGGUGCAGCAGCUCACGGAGGCCCGCAGCGGGGAGGAGGUAGACAAGUACAGGGAGGUUGGGGGCUGGUGCGUAAAGCAGAUCCUUCAACACCUUCAGAGAGGUGGUACGGCCAUUUUGGAAAGUGUCUCAUCAGAAGGAAAGGAACUUCCUGGUUGCGAGGGGCGACUGCAGAACCCAGGCCAUGCACUGGAAGCAGGCUGGUUCCUGCUUCAGUACGGUUUGGAAAAUGGGGACCAGGAGCUCCAAAGGACAGCAGUGGACAAGUUCAUGGAGAUCCCCUUUCUGACAGGCUGGGACAAGGAGCACGGAGGGCUCCUCUACUUCCUGGAUGUGGACGGUUACUGCCCCACACAGUUGGAGUGGAGUAUGAAACUAUGGUGGCCGCACUGUGAGGCUCUCAUCGCGUACCUGAUGGCCUACAGCCAUACCAAAGAGCCAGCCCUGCUGGAGCGAUUCUCUCAAGUGUACGACUACACCUUCAGCCAUUUUUCUGAUGCGGAGAAUGGCGAGUGGUUUGGAUAUUUGACCCAGCAAGGGAAAGUGGCACUGGAUUUUAAAGGAGGGCCUUUCAAAGGUUUCUUCCAUGUGCCUCGCUGCCUUUAUAUGUGCGAGAAAAUCCUGGACUCUAUACUGAACAAACAAGAAUCCUGAGGUCAUCAACUAGCAUGACCUGGACAAUGUCAUUUUAUAAUCAUUAUUUACACUGAGUAUGCAAAACUUUAAGAACACCUUCCUAAUAUUGAGUUGCAUUGCCCCCUUUUGCCCUCAGAACAGCCUCAAUUCGUCAGGGCAUGGACUCAACAAGGUGUCGAAAGCUUUCCACAGGGAUGCUGGCCAAUAUUGACUCCAAUGCGUCCCACAAUUGUCAUGUUGGCUGGAUGUCCUUUGGGUGGUGGACCAUUCUUGACACACACGGGAAACUGUUGAGUGUGAAAAACCCAGCAGCUUUAAAGUUCUUGACACAAACAAUAUCCCGUUCAAAGACACUCACCCUUUGAUUAGCACACAUACACAAUCCUUGUAUCAAUUGUUUCAAUGCUUAAACAUCCUUCUUUAACCUGUCUCCUCCCCUUCAUCUACACUGAUUUGAAGUGGAUUUAGCAAGUGACACCAAUAAGGAAGCGUAGCGUUCACUUGGUCAGUCUCUUGGAAAUGUUUUGUACACAGUGUAGGUCUAUAUUGGACAAUGGUGUCAAUUUCCUGAGAUUCUGGAGACAGUUUUGAAAGCAAAAUUGCAGAUUACUGCAUAUGUUCUUUAAGUGAAGAUGGCCUACAUUUUAUUAGUAACAAUGAAGGGGAAAGAAAAUGGAUAUAGAAAUAGGGGACACACACUGCAAAGUUUUGUACUAAGAUGAUUACAUUACAUCAGCUCAACUGUUUGUGUUACCUGUGUGUUGUAAGCCCACAUGUUUGGCAUCUUGAAAUAUGAAACACAAUUUAAUAAAUUCAUGAAAUCAUAGGCAAAUAAGGGAAAUAUUGUUAUCACGUAAGGUGACCCAAAAUCACUUUGUUAUUUACCAUAGAGAAUAUUGCAACAAGUUAUUGAGUGUCAAAGCCUGCAAGCCGGAAAGACACAACAUCACCAUCUAUAACAUUAUUGUCAGGAGGUCAUGUACCGGUGUGCAGCUCUGCUUCUCGCACCAAGAGAAGCUUAGACUAAUUUCACAUAAUGGCCACAAGGCUCUUGCUUAAUUUGAAGUAGUGUUUGAAACUUAAAUCAUUUGAACUUUGAGCGCAGCAAGCAGCACCACAAAAAUGCCCCAUGACCCUUUUAGACCCAAGAUAACUUGUUGUAGCUGUUCUAUGAUAAAUGUAUCACAUGUAAAUUGCGCUUUUAUGAUCCAUAACCUAAUUCAUAUUUUAAAAUUGUAUACUGUAGUUAUAUUAUGAUUUUCUUUCUAAUUUUUCAUUUACUGGUAUGUUAAUUUCAUAAUUUGUAGUGCUUUUUUUAAAGUCUAGCAGCUGUAUAGUUAUAAGGAAAUAACAAUUUACAGUAACUCAUGUCUGGUCAAUGAUUAAAUUAACCUACAUGCUGCCAAACGUUCUAUGACAGUCAUUGAAUAAUACAAUUACAUUCUGUGUUAUGUCCUUUCUAUCUGUGAUACUUGUAUUUUCAUAACAAUGGACGAAGUAAAACAGACUGGGACACAAGGCAAAAACAUUGCGGCUCAUUUCAAGUAAAUACCAGGUUUAUUGUAAUGAUUAAUGUUUUAAAAUAUAAACUCAGCAAAAAAAGAAACAUCCCUUUUUCAGGAUCCUGUCUUUCAAAGAUAAUUUGUAAAAAUCCAAAACUUCACAGAUCUUCAUUAUAAAGGGCUUACACACUGUU